AUGUAUAUCAAGACUGCUCUUAUGGCCCUGCUGGCGGCAGCCCAAGUGGCCCUUGCCGCGCCGGUCGAGGCCGUCGCCGGCGCGUCGGCCAACGUGACCCAGCGCGCCGCCAAGGGCUACCAGAACGCCGUCUACUUUGUCAACUGGGGCGUCUACGGCCGCAACUACACGCCCCAGAUGCUGCCGGCCGACAAAAUCAGCUUCGUCCUGUAUGCGUUUGCCAACCUGCAGCCGACGGGCGAGGUCUACUCGUCGGACCAGUACGCGGACCUGCAGCAGCACUACCCGACGGACUCGUGGAGCGACGUGGGCAACAACGUGUACGGCUGCGUCAAGCAGCUGUACCUGCAGAAGAAGGCCCACCGCAACCUGCGCGUGCUGCUGAGCAUCGGCGGCUGGACGUACUCGCAGAACGGCAACUUUGCGGCCGCGGCCGGCUCCGCGAGCACGCGCGCCACCUUUGCCCGCACGGCCGUGGCCCUCGUCAAGGACUGGGGCUUCGACGGCAUCGACAUCGACUGGGAGUACCCGGCCUCGGCCACGGACGCCGCCAACUUUGUGCUGCUGCUGCAGGCCGUGCGCGACGCCCUCGACGCCUACGCCGCCCAGUACGCGCCCGGCUACCACUUCUUGCUGACCGUCGCGUCCCCCGCCGGCCCCACCAACUACAAGGUCCAGGACCUCAAGGGCAUGGCCGCCGUCGUGGACUUUUUCAACUUUAUGGGCUACGACUACGCCGGCUCCUUUUCCGCCGCCGCCGGCCACCAGGCCAACCUGUAUCCCAACCCCCAGAACCCCAACGCCACGCCCUUCUCGACCGACCGCGCCGUCACCGACUACCUCGGCGCCGGCGUGCCCGCGGCGCAGAUCGUGCUGGGCAUGCCCAUCUACGGCCGCGCGUUUGAGAACACGGCCGGCCCGGGCACCGCCUACAGCGGCGUCGGGCCCGGCACCUGGGAGGCCGGCAUCUACGACUACAAGGCGCUGCCGCGCGCCGGCGCCACCGUCCAGACCGACGCCACGGCCGGCGCCACCUACAGCUACGACGCCGCCAGCCGCGAAAUGGUCUCGUACGACACGCCCGCCAUGGUGCAGGCCAAGGUGCAGUACGCCAAGAGCAAGGGCCUCGGCGGCAGCAUGUUCUGGGAGGCCUCGGCCGACAAGACGGGCGCCGACAGCCUCAUCGGCACGUCCUUUGCGGCGCUCGGCAGCCUCGACACCGCCCAGAACCUGCUGAGCUACCCCAACAGCCAGUACGACAACCUGGCCGCGGGCAUGCCCAACAACUAG